AUGAAGAGCAGGGUUACACAAGUAAACCAUGUUUCCAGUUAUGAAAAGAAGGAAAACUACAGUUCACGCCGAAGAAGUUUGUCUCCAGAGGACAGGGAUGUAGAGCGUGACAGGUCUCCAUCUCCCAGAAAGAGAAGAUACUCUGAUGACAGCAGAUAUGAUCAGGAAUAUUCAAGAAGGGAAUACUAUGAUGACAGAACUUCAGAAGGAAGAAGGAUGGAAAGGGGUAGAGACAGACACCAUGAGAAAUGGGAGGAGAGAGAACCCGAUCGAAGGAAGAGAAGAUAUUCAUCACCUGAUCGUAGGAGUCCAGAGAGGUCGGCAGUCCAGAGCUCACUUGCUCAUGAUGAGACCGCUUCAAAGAAGAAGAAGGAAGAAGUGGAUCCAAUUCUUACUCGCACAGGUGGUGCAUAUAUUCCACCUGCCAAGCUCAGGAUGAUGCAAGAGCAAAUUACCGAUAAAAAUAGCUUGGCAUAUCAGAGGAUGAGUUGGGAAGCCUUGAAGAAGUCAAUCAAUGGUCUUGUCAAUAAAGUGAACGUUUCUAACAUAGAAAAUAUCAUUCAUGAACUCCUUCAGGAAAAUAUUGUUCGUGGAAGGGGGCUGCUAUCUAGGUCCAUUUUGCAAGCUCAGAGUGCCUCUCCAAUUUUCACUCAUGUUUAUGCAGCUCUUGUGGCAAUUAUCAACUCAAAAUUUCCAAAUAUUGGUGAAUUGAUUCUCAAGAGGUUGAUACUGAAUUUUCGCAAAGGAUAUCGUAGAAAUGAUAAGCAACUUUGUCUAACAUCUUCAAAAUUUGUUGCACACUUGAUGAAUCAGAAUGUGGCUCAUGAGGUUUUAUGUUUGGAGAUGCUCACUUUGCUUCUUGAAAGGCCUACUGAUGACAGUAUUGAAGUAGCAAUUGGAUUUAUUAAAGAAAGUGGGCUCAAAUUAACAGAAGUUUCUCCUAGGGGUAUUAAUGCAAUCUUUGACCGUCUUCGACAUAUUCUGCAUGAGUCUAAAAUUGAUAUGCGUGUUCAGUAUAUGAUAGAAGUUAUGUUUGCUGUACGGAAGGAUGGCUUCAAGGAUCAUCCAAUCAUUCCAGAGGGAUUAGAUCUAGUGGAAGAGGAGGAUCAAUUUACUCAUAUGUUGCCAUUAGAAGAUGACUACAACCCAGAGGAUGUUCUUAAUGUUUUCAAGAUGGAUCCGAACUUUAUGGAAAAUGAAGAGAAAUACAAAAUGCUGAAGAAAGAAAUUCUUGAUGAAGGUGACAGUGAAUCUGAAGCGGAUCAAGAGGCUGGAAGUAGUGAGGAAGAUGAAGAUGAUGAUGAAGAGGAAGGUGAAGAUGGUCAGAAAGUUACUGUCCAUGACAAAACAGAAAUUAACCUGGUUUCCUUUCGUCGUACAAUUUAUCUUGCUAUACAGUCAAGCUUAGACUUUGAAGAAUGUGCUCACAAAUUGCUGAAGAUGGACUUUCCCGAAAGUCAGACUAAAGAACUCUGCAAUAUGAUACUUGACUGCUGUGCUCAGCAAAGAACAUAUGAGAAAUUCUUCGGGUUACUGGCAGGGCGUUUCUGCAUGUUAAAAAAAGAAUAUAUGGAAUCCUUUGAAGCUAUUUUCAAAGAACAAUAUGAUACCAUUCAUCGUUUGGAAACGAACAAACUGAGAAACGUUGCCAAGAUGUUUGCUCAUCUACUGUACACCGAUUCAAUUCCCUGGAGCGUCCUCGAAUGUAUAAUACUGAGUGAAGAAACUACCACAUCCUCCAGUAGAAUUUUUGUCAAAAUAUUCUUUCAGGAACUCAGUGAAUAUAUGGGACUUCCUAAUCUAAAUGCAAGAUUAAAAGAUGAAACACUGCAGCCUUUCUUUGAGGGAUUACUGCCUCGGGAUAACCCAAGGAACACUCGCUUUGCCAUCAAUUUCUUUACUUCUAUUGGCCUUGGAGGACUAACGGAUGAAUUACGGGAGCAUCUUAAAAAUGCACCAAAGAUGAUAAUGACACAGAAACAAGAUGUUGAGUCAUCAGAUUCCUCUUCAUCUUCAGAGACAGACUCUUCCUCAGAUUCUGAUUCUGAUAGCAGCAGUAGUAGCUCAGAGUCAUCCAGCAGCAGUGACUCCUCAUCUAGCAGUGAUGACAGCAGUGACUCAGACGUUUCUAAAGCCAAAAGAAAGAGAAUGCAAAGGAAAAAUAGAGAAUCUGAUAAAGGUUCCAGGAAGAAACAAGAAAGGAAAAGACAAUCACAUGAAAAGAAAAUGAGAAGGAGGCAGCAAGAGGAAAGGAGUGAUACUGAGAGCAAAUCAGAAAGAAAUCACCGAAAGUUGAGGGAAUCGCACAGGAGAGAUGAUGUAUCAAAAUACCAUCACAGAGAUGAGUCCAAUGGCAGAGACAGUUACCACAGUGGAAAAGAUAGGAACCAUGAAAGAAGUAAGGAUCUAGAAAAACACAGUAAUUCAAAACCGAAGAAAGCAGAGAGAAGAGCUUCAUUUUCUGAUGAUGAAAAUUACAGGCACUGGAGCAAAGAUAACGAACAUCACAGUAAAAGAAGAGAAAGAUCAAGAUCUGGAGAGAGGGCCCAUAAUAAUUCAAGUCCCAGAGAGGAGGAACAAGAAGAUCGAUACAGAAAUGGUUCAGAGAAGCACAGAGAGAAGUACAACCGUUAUUCUGACCAGUACAGGGAAUCCAGAGAAUCCAGAAAGAAUGAGGACAGACGAAGGGAGAACACCCCACACAGACGAAAAUAA